CAUCUCGUAUAGGCCUCGUCUCGUAGCCGUCGUAGCUCGUAGCAGACAUUUAUUUUCCCGCGCACUUGCACCUCAUAAACAUACGCGCGCGGUUAUCGGGAAAGUAAGAUUCCCUUCAAGCUGCACCGCAUGCAGCACAGCUGCUUGUAAAUUUGUUAAGUGUUUACUUGUAGCAAAUAAAAUUGGACUUGCUUAACUGUAUUUAAUUAAUUUAACUAAUUACAAAACUAAAAUUAUAGUGUAAUCUCGAGUCCACGAGUGCAAACUUUAGUGAACGACCAUGAGCGUUCAAACGAAGCUACAGUUCCAGGUUCGCAAGAAUAACUUCUACGGGAAGAAGCAAAAUGACUGUAAGCCAACACCUGAGCAGCUCAGCGGUAUCUUGAGCACCCCGAGUUCGAGGUAUACACCAACGGUCAGGAAGAUAGUCGACAUCAGCAGUAGCAGUGAGGAGUCGGACUCGGACUCCGAAAACAUCGCCAAGAAUAACAACAUCACUAGAACACCAAAACGCAAACCUCCUAACAGAAACGAAAAAGAUGAUACUGAAUCUUCUCCACCCAAGCAAAGAAAGACACCUUCCAAAACACCAAGCACUAUGUUAAAGGGAUUGAGAUUGUUAUCUCCAAGUAAGCCAGACAGGUUGAUGCCAAAAAGUUUGUUUGCCAAUAACAGGUACAGCGAUGCACGUAAAGCUUUGCACAGUGCUCUACCGGAAGAUCUAACUGGCAGGGAGGAAGAGAUGGCCAAGAUGACAGAGUUCAUCGAAGACCAUUUAAAUCAAAAGACUUCGGCUUCUAUGUAUAUUUCUGGUCCUCCAGGGACAGGAAAAACGGCUUGUCUUUUGAGAACCAUCAAGAAACCAAAUUUGAAAGAAGCACUUAAAAUUAUUUACAUCAAUUGUACAAGUAUGAAAUCUGCUACUGUGAUUUAUAAUGAAAUUGCUCUGCAGUUACAAUUGAUGAGUGGUAAAAAUGGUAAAAAUAGUAAGAAAGUUAUUGAAACGUAUUUAAAAAAUUCGUCUAAAAUGUUGCUUCUGGUUCUUGACGAAAUGGAUCAAUUGGAGACUAAAAGUCAGUCUGUUCUGUAUUCCAUAUUUGAAUGGCCAGCGAUACCAAAAGCCCAACUUAUGUUAAUAGGAAUAGCCAAUGCUUUGGACUUAACAGACAGAAUACUGCCUAGACUACAAGCAAAGUGUGAACUUAAGCCAACUUUGCUACAGUUUAAGCCAUAUUCCAAACAACAAAUUGUUGAUAUUAUAAAUAAAAGACUGGAAGAAUCUGAUGUAAAAGAUGUUUUUACUGGAACAGCAGUACAAUUGUUGGCAGGAAAAGUUGCAGCUGUGUCGGGUGAUAUUAGGAGAGCCUUGGAUAUUUGCAGGAGAGGUGUUGAAAUCGCAGAGUCUGAAAAAAUAACAAAAGUCCUUAAACCCACUAAUGGUGUUGACUUGGCAUGUUCCGAACAAAAGCAAGUAGAUUUCAAAGAAAUACGCUCAGUGCUUAAUGGAGUUUACGGCGGUUCACAGAAUGUUGACUCUGAAGAAAGUAAUUUUCCACUUCAGCAAAAGCUUGUUAUUUGCUCACUGAUGCUCAUUCUGAACAAAGGAAAGAACAAAGAUGUGAAUCUCGGAAGGUUGCAUCAAGUUUACAAAAAGGUUUGUAAGAAGAGAAACAUAUCGGCACUAGAUGUUUCAGAAUUUACGAGCGCGUGUUCUUUAAUAGAAACGCGAGGAAUUCUUAAACUGCUUCUCAAAAAAGAGCCAAGACUGUCAAAAGUUAGUUUACAGUGGGAUCAAGAAAUGCUGACCAAUGCACUUCAAGACAAAGAUCUAACAUUUGAAAUUUUAAAUGACGUUUCUUGUUUGUAAAUAUAUUUGACAUUAUUAUACCGUGUGUUUUAUAAAAAGAUUAUUAACAUAUUUUUAAAGGAUUCUAGUAUUAAGUUGAUUUAAUGAACAAAUGCCUUUUGUAAAUUAUUUAUAUUGCUCAACCUAUUAGAGAAAUGGCACUUUGUGUGUUUUGUGUAUAUAUUUAUUUAUUUUUUAGCUUAAAUGUACCAAAUGGAAUUGUUUAUAAUGAUAACUUGUUGACAAUAUGUGUACAAAUCUAUGACUCAAAAUAUAGACACU